UAGGGUUUACGAGCCGUCGUCUCGUAUAAAUCGCACCAAGCUUCUCGUUCCUAACCCCUCACGCCGCCGCCGCAUCUCACUUCGGUCUCCCUCUUUCCUUCAAGAGAUCAAGCAGUCACAGUUGCGGUAAUUCCCCCAACCGCCACCAUGCAGAACGAGGAGGGUAAGAUGGUGGACCUCUAUGUCCCCAGGAAGUGCUCUGCCACGAACAGGAUCAUCACUGCCAAGGACCAUGCCUCUGUCCAGAUCAACAUUGGGCACGUGGAUGAGAAUGGGUUGUACGAUGGCCACUUCACCACGUUUGCUCUCUCUGGAUUUGUCCGUGCUCAGGGUGAUGCUGACAGCUCGUUGGACAGGCUGUGGCAGAAGAGGAAGGCUGAGAUCAAGCAGUAGAUCUUGCACGUAGUUUCACCAAAAAUUGACUCUUAUGAUAUCUUGAGUGAUAAUGCCUUGGCUAUGUUUCGAUUUCAUGUCUUUGAACCGUUUGGAUACAAUGCUGUAAUUUCAGUUGGUACCUCGAAAUCGAAGACUUGUAUCGUUUGUUCA